GACAUCUCGCAGUCCCUCCACGCCACCGUUGAGAGGCAGGUUGUUGUUAUCCCAGCUUCAUGAGAGUAUCUCCGGGUCUGAGAGCAGCUCACCGACCGCAGGGACUCACCGCCGCUUCACGCUCUCACAACAGCGGGACUCAUCUUCACCUCAGCCCCUGUUUGCCUCCUCCGAUCCGGGGCUGUUCUCCUAGAGGUGUGUAAACACGGUGCACAGCCGCAGAUCUGUCAACAUUCGCCGGGUAACGUUGGAAAUUAGAAGCCCGUGAUGUUCAACCCCCACAUCCAUCAGCAGCAGCAGCAGCAGCAACAACAGCAGCAGCAGUUCCAUCAGCACCUGCGGCAGCUGCAGCAACUUUUCCAGCAGCAGCCUCCUCCUCCUCCUCCUCCGCAGCCGCCUCCGGGGCAUCAUGUCGCCCAUCACCACCACCAGAAUCAGCGAGCCCUUACCGGGCCUUCCCAGACAGCCAAUUCUCAAAGGAUGGUCAACCUGUGCCAAGCAACCCAGACAACCCUCCUCGCCCCCAAUCCCAUGCUUCAGGGGGCCUUACUGAUGCAGCAGAUGCAGGGUAACAUGCGCGGCUAUGGGAUGGGUGGGCAGCAGUUCCGUCAGUUCUUCGCUGCAGGGGCCAGGUCGUCUCUGCUCGGGCCGGUUCCCAUGGGCAUGGCCAUGAAGUCGCCCAUGAUGGGUUACCCAGCUGCACGAUCGUUUCAUCCACACGCUCGCUACUACAACAAUAACAGCAACACCGCAACAAUCACAACUACAGCUCCUUCUACAGCCUCCUCCUCCUCUUCAUCCAUCACCACAGACGCCAUCGCUCGCCAGCCAGACAGGAAGCCGGACGGUGAGCAGAUGGCAGCAGGAAGCACAGAAGCUGAACCAUUAGCUAGCAGCACCAGUGAUGCCCAUGAUAAGUCUGAAACAGAUGGUGAAGUGGGAGGAGUCGAUGGUGCCAUACAGAUAUUGGAUGAGGAACUUGAGGGACCUGCUGCGAAAAAGCAGAGAACAGAGGAGCCAGAGACGAUUGUUUUAGAUGCAGAGGGGGAGGUUCUCUCUUCAGAGAAUAACAGCAACACAGAGAACCAGAAUGAAGAUUGCACCAUUCUGGAAGAAGGAGGCUCUACAGGGGACUCAGAUGUUGUUGAGAUGAUGGAGGAGAGCCGAGCUGAUGAGGUGCAGACCUGUUUAUCUGCCCCGUCACCGUCUGGCGGGCUGAAUGAAGAUGGCCAGCAGGUUAAUUUACCCUCAGAAGAGAUGUCGCAGGGAAAAGACGACUCCCUGGGUUCACUGGGCAACCUGGACGAAGGGGAGGAGGGUGUAGCGGACAGCACCAACAAGUUCUACUGCUACCUCUGCAGCAUCACUUGCCACAGCCAGCAAAACUUCAGGAGUCAUAUGAACAGUGUAUCCCACCAGCAGAGGAUGAUGGAGAUCCAACACAUGAGCAACGCCUGUCUGGUCACACUGCUGCCCCGGGUGCAGGAGUCUCUACAGGGAGCAGUCCAAGAUGGAGAGAAAAAAGCCGACUUGAAGCGUUGGUGUGCCACCUGUCACACCCACUUCACCAGGGACGUCACGGACCACCGUCGCACCGAGGAGCACAAACUCGCCAGUAGAACCGCCAUCUCCUCCUGCAUGGUCUGCAAGAAACACUUCAGGAACGCUCAGAUUUUUGUUGAGCACUUGCAGUCCCAGGAGCACAAACAAAAAAUGGAGAAGCUCCAGGAAAAAGAAGGCUGUGAGGGCCUGGCCAAGCUGACUGCCAUGGACACAGACGGCUUUUCCCUGGAAGGGGAGCAGGAUAGUGAAGUUGAGGAGGAAGAGGAAAGGCAGAGGAAUGAAGAAGACCCAGAAUCUCCUGAGAAGCAGGACGACUGGUCAUCCCCUAAGGAGGUGACUCUAAAGAACAUGGCCAGCGAUGAGCAGUAUGACCCCGACACAGUCUACGGAUCCAGUUUCUUUGUUCCAGUGGCAGGUUUUAUUUGCAGACUUUGCAACAAGUUUUACCACUUUGAAUCUUCUGCCCUACACACCCACUGCAAAUCAAUGAUGCACUUUGAGAACCUCAAGAGGUCCAGAUCUUUGCUCAGUAAGAAGGAGGAAGCUGUUAGAGAAUCUCUCCUCGCUGCAGACAGCCUCAGACCUGUAACAGAAAACCCCACAGACUUGUCAGAAGAAAAUUCUCUCUCUGAUGACACUGGUUCAGUGACAAACUCCACACAGCCCCAAAUAACACUCUCAGAGACAGAAAACCAGCAGAAUGAGAAUGAACUGGAACCCGACCCAACAUCAAAUGACGCCAUCACCACCUCAGCGACCUGCGCUGGCAGCACAGACAAAGACCUCACCCUCCACAGCCAAGAGGAAGAGAGCUCAGCCCAGGCGUCUGUGCUCCAGGAGAGUCCUGCUGAGCUGUCCGCUGAAAGCAGAGAGGAGCCGGACUCCAUGCAGGCGGCUGUUGCUGAUGAUGUCAAUGAGGAGGAGCAGCUGGAGAUGGAAGCUCCUGCUGUUCCAGGGAAAAAGAACGGCACAGGGAAGGGAAAAGCUGCAGCCAAACGCAGGUCAGGGAGGGCAAACAGACGCUGAGACAAAAAGGUGCGGCGUGCAAAGACAGGACACCUGGUGCAACCUGAACACAGGAUGUGUCGAGGUUUCAAGAGGUGCUUUCAUCAAACAGCGCGACCAAGACGUGCACAACCCAGCCCCUCUCCAUGUUAGAAAAUGAAACGCACACAGACAAAUAGGAAGAUUGUUGAUGGUGAAUCCCUCUGCUAGGGUGGGAAAUUAACAGCUGGUAUCAAAAGCAUUGAUAGUGAGGUAGAAAAGCACGGUGUUGAGUGUGGUCACAGCCGUGGGAAAUUAAAUAGCAGCAAUCAGCAUGAGAUCAUGAUUGAGUUUGAACGACUCAACCCAAAACACCUGUUCAGUAGUUACACAUUAAUUAAAACUGCAUUCAUGUUGCUAGAAAUAAAAAUUACAUUUUAAAACAAGGAAAUCCCCCACUAAGAGAUCCAGCAGACAUAAUUAUUCUAUACAACAUACAAUUAUUCAGUCAGGCUUUGCGUAUGACAUGUGUUCACACUGGAAAAGUUACAUUAGUUUGUUUUUUUAAAUAUUUACCCUAACUAAAAAUCCUAUUGUUUUAAUUUGGGUUUGAUGGACACUUCUCUGCUACAGCUGCAAAACAACAAAUUGUUGUCUUAAAAACUAAAUUACAGGAAAACUUAGCCAUGAGACAUCUAUGGUCCUCUGGAUGAAUCCUAAUUUUGGUUAUCCUCUGCUGCCAGCAUUAACCUGUUAUUUAUCGAUGGCAUGGAUCUAUAAAGAGAUCCAACCACAAGGGUCACAUUUGUGGCUUUGAGAUGAAUUUCCUUGAAAUCAAAUACACACACCACUGACCCCCUCAAGAUAAACUGUAAUAACUUUGAUGAUGCCUGACUUUUCAUAUAUCACCAUCAUCCCAUUAAACUUGAAAAAAACUCAAUACUUGCACAUGGAACAACUUAAUGACAUUUCCUUUACCGCUCAGAAGCCAAGCUGUAAACUCAAAGCCUUGUUUUGACACUGACCGAAAAACUAGCUUCAGUAUACUUUGACUCUUGCAUGCUUAAUCUAAACACAAACACUUUUCAGUUCGUCCAAUCUAUAAUGAAAUCUUAAAUAAUUUUUGACACCAACAUUUCCUUUCUGAAUUUUCUCAUCUCUGUAAUAUCCUUUGAUGCCCAAAUCAACACUGUCUAGUCUUUUUUAAAGUGGCUGUAUUUAAAGAGAGUGACCAACAGGUUAAUUUCCCACCGUGCUGUCCUUAAGGAUCCUUUUUUUUUGCAAAUUGUCUACCUACCUAUAUGAAUUAUUGUUAAAUUAAAAUAGCGGAGACGUUUUCCACGUUGCUAACCACGUAGCACAUGCUUGUAGCGAGCUGAACUGUAGAAUGUAACCAAAUUAAGCUUGGGAGCAGGUGACAGCUUCUGAUUAAAAAGUGUUAAACUGAUA